AACAGCAGCGGUACAGAGCAUCACUGUGAGAUGUUUCUUCGGUGGUGAACGUCACAUCACUAGUGGAUCAUGCCUUUCCCUUUGUCAACAGGACUCCGUUCUUUUAUUCGGAUUACGGGUUUAUCUGGAUUUCAUCUUGACGUUCUUCAUACAUCAUCUCAGUGACUUUCAGAACAGUCUACAAGAAAAGAUCUGCAUCCAGACAAACAGAACAACUAAAAUCAGUAAUGAUGGAGUUUGUGAAAGAGGAGAGUGAGAUCAUGAGUGAUCCAGAAGUCUGCAGAAUUAAACAUGAAGAUACUGAGGAACUAAUAGAUCUGAUGGAAGUGAAGGAGGAAAGUCAAGAGCUGGAAAUACUUUCACAGACUGAAAACAAGUUCACACAGAAAAAUACUGACAGUGCAGAAGCCAAAAAGUCUUUCACCUGCAGUCAGUGUGGAAAGAGAUUCAUACGCACAGGACACCUUGAGGAACACAUGAGAAUCCACACUGGAGAGAAACCAUACAAAUGUAAUCAGUGUGGCAAGAGUUUCAGAUAUAAAAGACACCUUAAGGAACACAUGAAAAUCCACACUGGAGUAAAGCCUUACACAUGUGAUCAGUGUGGAAAGAGUUUUGCAUAUAAAAAUAACUUUAAGACGCACAUAAUGAUUCAUACUGGAGUAAAGCCAUACACGUGUGGUCAGUGUGGAAAGAGUUUCACAUGUAAAGCAAUCCUUAAGAAACACAAAAUAAUUCAUGCUGAAAAGAAACCAUACACAUGUGAUCUGUGUGGAAAGAGUUUUUUACAAAAAGGAGCACUCGAUGGACACAUAAGAGUUCACACUGGAGAGAAACCGUACACUUGCAAUCAGUGUGGAAAGGGUUUUGCACAAAAAGUAGUACUCGAUGGACACAUGAGCAUUCACACUGGAGAGAAGCCGUACACAUGUGGUCAGUGUGGAAAGAGUUUCACUUGGUCAAAAUGUCUCCGUGAUCAUCUGCUCUCUCACACUGGAGAAAGACCAUUUUACUGUGAUCAGUGUGGUAAAAAUUUUAUUCUGGAAUCAGCCCUGAAGAAACACCUGAAAGUUCAUACAAAGGAAAAGCCAUAUUUGUGUUCUGAUUGUGGAAAAAGUUUUGCAAGAGUGGACCAUUUAAAAAAGCACCAGAAAACACACACCGGUGUGAAGGAUCAUGUGUGCUUUCAGUGUGAAAAGACUUUUAUCACAGCUGGUAGUUUGAAAGUGCACAUGAGAAUCCACACUGGAGAAAAACCUUACAAGUGUUCACACUGUGACAAGAGAUUCACUCUGUCAUCUCACCUGAAAAGACAUGAGAAGAUCCACACUGGAGAGAAACCGUACCACUGCCCUCCAUGUGGGAAGUGUUUCAUCCAAUCAAGUCAUCUACAGAGACAUAUGAAGAAGCUUCAUCCACAGUUCUCAGGGUGAACACUUGUUCAUCGUGUGGAUUUAAAUCAGGUUUUUGUUCUUGCCAGUAUUUGUACUGUAUGAAUUGUUAAAGUGUAAUUUAAUGUGUUGUGUUGUUUAAUUUAUUCCUGUU